AUGGCAUCACCGCCGCUGGUCGAGGACCAGGCACGACUGCUGGAAGAUGCCUUGACCGUCGUGCGCCAGCAGACGGUCCUGAUGCGCCGCUGCCUAGAUACGCCGGGCAAGCUCAUGGAUGCCCUCAAGUGCAGCUCUACCCUCGUCUCCGAACUACGCACGUCCAGCCUCGGCCCCAAACAGUACUACGAGCUGUACAUGUCCGUCUUUGAUGCCUUGCGCCAUCUCGCCGUCUACCUACGUGACUCGCACCCUACCAACCACCUUGCUGACCUCUACGAACUCGUCCAAUAUGCGGGCAACAUCGUCCCCCGCCUAUACCUCAUGAUCACCGUCGGCACUGUCUAUAUGGGCAUUGAGGAUGCUCCCGUCAAGGAGAUAAUGAAGGAUAUGAUGGAGAUGAGCAGAGGUGUCCAGCAUCCCAUUCGUGGUCUCUUCCUUCGCUACUACCUCAGUGGCCAAGCUAGAGACUUCUUGCCAACUGGUCAAGGUCAAGGUCCUGAAGGCAAUCUCCAGGAUUCUGUCAACUUUGUCCUUACCAACUUUGUCGAGAUGAACAAGCUCUGGGUCAGAUUGCAACAUCAAGGCCACUCGAGAGAGCGCGAGCAGCGUACAAAGGAACGUCAGGAGCUGCAGCUGCUUGUCGGUAGCAACCUCGUGCGUCUCAGCCAACUCGUCGAUCUCGAAGCCUACAAGUCGUCCAUCCUGCAACCCUUGCUCGAGCAGGUCGUUCAGUGUCGAGAUGUGCUUGCUCAAGAAUAUCUGCUCGAAGUUAUUACCCAAGUCUUCCCUGACGAGUUCCAUCUACACACCCUCGAUCAGUUCCUCUCGGCCACUGCCCGCCUCAACCCUCAUGUCAACGUCAAAGCUAUCGUUAUUGGCCUCAUGGAUCGCUUGUCUGCCUAUGCCGCUCGUGAAUCCGAGUCUGACGCUCCCGAAGAUCGCGAGAAGGCUGAAACCGAAGCCACUGCAAGAUUGCUAGAGAAGAUGAAGAUCGCUCAGGAGGCUGCCUCGGCUCCCGCUAGUGAUGAAGCAACUCACCAGAAUGGAGACUCAAAACCGGCCGAAGAUACUCCUGCUGAAACCGCUCCUGAUUCCACGACCGAGGAAGCGACCAAGACAGAUUCGGUCGAGACUAAUGGUGAUGCCAAGAAGCAGAGAGGCAUUCCCGACAAUGUGCGCCUCUUCGAAGUGUUCCACGAACAAGUCAUCCAUCUUGUCAGCAUGCAAAGACUUCCAAUCCAGGACAUCACCGCGCUUCUUGUUUCGUUGAUCAAUCUCGCCUUGAACAUCUAUCCUGACCGACUAGAAUACGUCGAUCAAGUCUUCCAAUACACAAACAAAGAGGUCUCAAGGUUUGCCAAUUCGGCCGAUCUCCAUUCACAAGCAUCUCAAGCCAACCUUUUGAACCUGCUUCUCGCGCCAGUCAAGACCUACUUCUCCCUAUUCACGGCUCUCGCAAUCCCAAGUUUCAUCCCUCUUCUUCACGCUCAACCAUAUCCCACUCGCCGAUCAGUGGCUGGAGAAGUUGCACGAAGCUUGUUGCGCAAUGAAACCAGGAUAUCAACCUCUGAGAAUCUACAGGGAGUACUAGAGAUUCUCAAAGUUCUGAUCAAAGAGGGAAUGCAGCAACCUUCCGGGUACCCUGGUGGACCGGUGCGAAGAGCUGCUGCAGAGACUGAUGAGACUGUCGAAGAACAAGGAUGGCUUGCACGCAUUGUGCACCUCAUUCGUGGCGAGGAUUGCAACACUCAGUUCAAGCUGCUCCAACUAGCCCGUAAUGCAUACGCAGAAGGCAACGAACGCAUCAAGUACACCACACCUGCAUUGAUCACAGCCUCGCUCAAGCUUGCCCGCCGUUUCAAGGCUCGUGAGCAUCUGCAAGAUGACUGGUCGAGCCAGUCUUCUGCACUCUACAAGUUCUGUCAUACACUAAUCUCCACAUUAUACACCAGAGUUUCCACGCCUGGCGUACCCGAUCUUGCAUUAAGGCUCUUCAUUUCCUGCGGUUCUGUGGCCGACCAAUGCGGAUUUGAGGAGGUCGCUUAUGAGUUCUUUGCGCAAGCGUUCACUGUCUACGAAGAGAGCAUUAGCGACUCGAGGGCUCAAUUCCAAGCAAUUUGCGUGAUUGCACAAAGUCUUAGUGGUGCGCGCAACUUCAGCCGGGAGAACUACGACACUCUCAUUACAAAAUGCGCGCUUCACGGUAGCAAGCUGCUCAAGAAGCCUGACCAAUGUCGUGCUGUGUAUUUGGCCAGUCAUUUGUGGUGGGCUGUCGAAAAGAACGCAGAAGAAAGCGAAGAGAACAAGGAGGGCAAAGAAAGCAAAGAGCUCUAUCGCGAUGGCAAGAGAGUUCUUGAGUGUCUGCAGCGUGCGCUGCGUGUGGCCGAUGCUUGCAUGGACACAGCAGUGUCGGUCGAGCUUUUUGUCGAGAUUCUUAACCGCUAUGUCUAUUACUUUGACCAGGAGAAUGACGCUGUGACGACCAAAUAUCUGAACGGACUGAUCGAAUUGAUCCACUCGAACCUCAACACGAAUGAGAACAGCUCGAGCCUAGACAACCCAAGAAGACACUUCCAGCGGACAUUGGAUUACAUUGCGGGCAGAGAGUAUGCUGGAGUCGAGACGCGACCCAAAUAA